GACCCCUCGGCCCGGGGUGCUGGCCUGAGAGAUGGCUCGAGCGGCCGCUGUAUGCCUAUUCACGGCUCAUUUCCUGGGGUGCAUCAUUGUAUGCCGACAAGACAGCGGCAACAACAGACCUCGGGAUCAAAGCACAGUGUCAGAAUCUUCUAGAAGAUUCAGGACGGAGUUCCUAGAAGACUGGCCACAGACCCCCGGUGCUCCAUACUUUGACCCCAGCACGCCUGACAAUGUGACCGGCUUAGUGGGGCAUCCUGUCAUACUGCUGUGCAAAGUCAAGAAUUUGCAGAAUAGAACUGUAUCAUGGGUCCGUCACCGCGACAUCCACCUGCUGACGGUGGGGCGCUACACGUACACGUCGGACCAGCGCUUCGAGGCGCAGCACAAGCCGCGUUCCGAAGAGUGGGCGCUGCGUAUACGCAGCCCGCAGCGCCGCGACUCCGGACAAUACGAGUGCCAGAUAUCCACCACGCCGCCUAUAGGCCAUGCUGUACAUCUUAAUAUUGUAGAACCAGAAACCGAGAUCUUGGGGGGUCCAGACCUGUUCAUAUACGCGGGCUCCACCAUUAACCUCACGUGUAUCGUGAGGCACACGCCAGAACCGCCCAACACCAUCAAUUGGACGCAUAGAGGGAAGACGAUAAACUUCGACUCAACGCGAGGCGGCAUAUCGCUAGUUACCGAGAAGGGUAUACACAGCAGCAGUAGGUUGCUUGUUCAAUCCGCGCGGACGACGGACGCGGGCACGUAUCAAUGUGCACCGGACAACGCGCAGUCAGCAACUGCGAGAGUGCACGUACUUACUGGUGAGACCCCAGCAGCAAUGCAGGGGAGUGCACAGUGGGCGAGCUGUUUUGACCUACACACACUAAUAGGCAUCGCUAGUGUUAUAUAUUUAUUAAUUGUGUAAAUAAAAUAAACAUUUAAAAGGAAUGUGAUAUUCGAAAAGUGAACUUAAAGAAUACAAAGUUUGAAGGACUCUCGAUAUCGAAUCGAUUGUAAAAGUGUUGAUAAAAGUGAAUGGUUAUAAGAUUCGAUUGAUCAAUCGAUAUACAGAAGAACUAGUGAUGUGAAGUGAAUGGUGUUUUGUAAAAAUAAUAAUAGUAUUGUACAGAAUAUUUGAAAUUCAAAGCCUGAUUGUCAGUUGUCAGCGGUAUGUCAAUCUUUUAGUAAAACUGGGGUUUUGUUACUAAAGAAAAAUUGUGGCACUAUUUUUGACCAGUAUUUAUUUGUGGUAAAUUUCAAAGGGUCUUUGAAAUUUUGGUUCGAUUAAAAGGCCUGUUAUAUGAACGAUUUAAAACAGCAGGAAGAGUUAAAGUACUGUUCUUCUUAAACUGCCCUUUUCAGUCUGAAUUAAAUUGUAAAUUAGCUUAACUAUAUUUUUUUAUUUCAAACUGCAAAUCAUUGAUUGGCGUAAAUGUAUUAAAAAAUAUUAUCAGAAUAAUUUUAUGCAAAAGUUCAAAA